GCUGUUCCUACUUCUUAGCUAGGUUAUUCUGUGUCAAGUUCUGGUGUUUCAUAACAAGCAAGCUCCUUUUUUCUAACUCUCUAUUUUACAGGGAAGAUCCUUUUGAAUCUUUUGACACCAAAGACUUCCGGGCCUCCCAGAGGAAAGGAACAGUCGACUUUUCUUUUCAGAUGGCAAAUGAAGCAAACUCUUGCCCAUGCAAUCUUGGAGAUACUCUUGACUAUGAAGGUCUUGGUUGCGAAGUUUCCAUUGAGCACAUCAAAGCCUACCUUUGCAAACCUUCCCUCCCCACUGAGAAAGCUGUGAUUGUGAUUCACGACAUCUAUGGAUGGCAGCUGCCCAAUACCAGACAUAUCGUCGACAUGCUUGCAGCCAAUGGAUACCUAGCAAUUCUCCCAGACUUUUAUAAAGGGCAAGAGCCUUGGAAACCAUCUAAUGAUUGGUCUAUAUUUAAUGACUGGCUAAAAACACGAGAUGCCAAGAAAACCAACAGGGAAACUGAUGUUGUCUUAAAGUAUCUGAAAGAACAGUGUAACAUGAAGAGGAUAGCUGCCAUUGGAUUUUGUUGGGGUGGAGUUGUGGUACAUCACUUGAUGUUGUCAUAUUCUGAACUUAAGACAGGUGUCUCAGUGUACGGAAUUAUCAGAUUAGCAGAGGACAGGUACAAUUUAUUGAACCCCACAUUUUUCAUUUUUGGAGAGAAAGAUGAAGUCAUUCCUCUUGAUCAGGUAACUGUACUAGAACAGAAACUGAAAGAGAAGAGCAAAGUCAAUUGGGAAGUUAAAAUCUAUCCAGGUCAAACCCAUGGCUUUGUACAUCGUAAGAGAGAAGAUAUUAACCCUGAAGAUAAACCCUACAUUGAAGAAGCAAGGAGGGAUAUACUGGAAUGGUUAAAGAGACAUAUAUAAUAGACAGAGUCUGUGACAUUGAUUAUACUAGCUCAACAUAGAGUACUUAAUCAGAUUGUACUCAAACAAUAAGUGCACUCUUUAAAUUCAACAGGAAGGCAAUUUAACACUAAACAUAGCUAUACCACAUAUAUAAAGUAGUUUAAUAAUCUUUCCCUAUUCAUGUAUUUUGUGUUUUAUUGGAGAAAGAGGACUAGAGGUAUAAAUCACUGAGAAUUAACAGCACCCUCACCUAAGUACAACUUUAAUAAGAAGCAGUGACAGUUAAACUGGUAGAAACCUAAUAUAUUUUUAUAAUGAUCCAACUGGGUAGUUCUAGGUUGUUUAAUGUCAGUCUUAGAAUUGCUUAUGCUCUGUUUCAGCACUUCUUCAACUUUAUCGGAUUUUUGUUGAUGUUAUGUCUGCAGAUUUGCAUUUAUAUGCCCUAUGGCAUUGUUUAUUGAAACGUCCUCUAUACUGACUGUACUAAUCUCACUCUAUGUAAUCCAUAUUGAGUCUCAGGGAGAAAGAAAGAAAGAAAGAAAGAAAGAAAGAAAGAAAGAAAGAAAGAAAGAAAGAAAGAAAGAAAGAAAGAAAAAAAGAAAGAAAGAAAGAAAGAAAGAAAGAAAGAAAGAAAGAAAGAAAGAAAGAAAGAAAGAAAGAAAGAAAGAAAGAAAGAAAGAAAGAAAGAGGCUAUGACUGUCCUUUAGAAGCACGACUAAGAACAGCAUCAGUUUUUUUCCUGCAAUAAAGAGAAUGGUCGAUUUGAUUUCUAA